UUAAUCAACAUGGACGACUCGGACUACUGGGGGCUUGCACGGAGCAAUGGGAUGAACUGCACGCAACCCGCCAUCGAUGACUUUCCACGGGAUCUGUUCACCGAGGAGCAGCGGCAGAACGGAGCGAUAGUUUUACACGCAAUUGCUAGUUUAUAUUUAUUUGUAGCAUUGGCCGUAGUUUGUGAUAAGUAUUUUGUACCUGCCGUCGAGAUGAUAUGCCAAGCGCUAAACAUGUCCAACGACGUGGCGGGCGCAACGUUUAUGGCGGCGGCCACCUCGGCCCCGGAGCUGUUCGUCAACGUGAUAGGCACGUUCAUCACGGAGGGCGACCUGGGCGUCGGCACCAUCGUUGGUUCGGCCGUCUUCAACAUCCUGGCGGUGGCCGCCUGCUGCGGCAUCGGUGCCGGGAUGGUAGUCCCGCUCGACUGGUGGCCACUGACGCGGGACUGCCUGGCGUACGGGAUCACGGUGGCCAUCCUGAUUUGCAUCAUCCACGACGAGCGGGUCGAGUGGUACGAGGCCCUCAUACUGGUGCUGCUGUACAUCGUCUACAUCGCCGUCAUGUACUACGACAAGUCGUUCCAGAAGUGCGCCAGAGGUGGUUUGAAGCACGCCCGAAAACGAAGAUCGCACGACACGUGCAGCAGCCUCAAGUCGGUCUCGAGCAGAACGCAAGAGGCAAUUGAGGCGCGGGUACCGCUGCGCAUCGGACACUUCCAGCAGAACGGCAACUUGAAGAGUGGAGUCGCCGCCGCCGCCCAUCUGGAUGCAGCAGGUCCCGAAUUGACGUCAGCAGCGUCGGCCUCCGGGGCUUCCGUGGCGGUUGAAGUGGAGAUGCAAAUUAAGCCAUCGAGCGUGGUACCGAUCGAGCCGGAGUCGGCCGUCGAGCAGGAGACCACAGCCGGUGAGGGAGUACCGGAGCGGCCACCGCCACCUCCGAGCCCGGUAACACCGCCCGCCAACCACGAGAACCGGCCGGACAGUAAGGGCGGACCAGCGAACGGUGGAGACGGCGGACCCGGCCCUGUGGCCGAAGCGGUGGUGAGGGCGCUCGAGAGCGGCACCGUCCUGACCGGGAGCUCGACGCAGCAGGACCUGCAACCGGCCACGGCGAACGGCAUCAACGGGGAGCCGAGCGAUGCGGACCCACCGACGGCCGAUGACGACGAAGAGUUUCGGCUGCUCAGGUACCCGUUCGGCAAGGGCGCUUUCCGGCAGUUCUCGUGGAUCAUCACCUGGCCGAUCCACCUGCUGUUCAUGUUCACCAUCCCGAACUGCGAGAAGCCCCGCUUCCGGAGCUGGUUUCCGCUCACGUUCAUCAUGUGCAUCGUGUGGAUCGGCUCUCUGUCGUACGUGGUCGCCUGGAUGAUCACCAUCAUCGGCGAUACGCUCAAGAUACCGGACUCCGUAAUGGGCAUCACGUUUUUGGCGGCAGGCACCAGCGUUCCGGAGGCCGUCUCCAGCGUUAUAGUGGCGAAGCAGGGGCACGGCUCAAUGGGCAUCAGCAACUCGAUCGGCUCGAACACGUUCGACAUUCUGCUGUGCCUCGGGCUGCCGUGGUUCAUCAAGGCGGCCUUCUCACCGAUCGAACCGGGCCACCACUGGGUUGGCAUCAACUCGGCUGGCCUGGAGUACUCGGCCAUCUCGCUGCUGUCGACGCUGCUGAUGCUGUACAUCGCGUUCUCGCUGAACAAGUUCAAGCUGGACCGUCGGGUCGGGAACGCCUGCCUCAUCAUGUACGCCGUGUUCCUCAUCCUCGCCAGUCUGAUCGAGCUGAACGUGUUCUUCCGGGUGAACCUGCCGACCUGCGGACGGUGAACGGCGAACGGCCCUAGCUGGAGCCCGCAGUAGUUUGUAGGACGUCCUUUCGGCCAACCUUCUCCUCAUCGCUGCAAAUCUCUCUCUGUCUCUCUCUGUAUUGUAAGAACGAUCAUCAAUCGAUCGGUAACAAAGCUGGUGUCUGGUCUGGUGGAGCAGCGCCACUACCGGCCAAUGAAUGGCCGAUCAAUGACCAAACAUCCCGACACCCUAAGCGAUGUCGGUGCCAAAGGUUUCCGGAAACAAAA